AAAAAACUCGUCUUUUGGAGAAGAGGACCGCCAUUGGAGAGCUCCAUGAAGGUCAUCGAGAAGAUACGAGGCGCUGGUGAGGGUGAUGGCCGCGUUGUCUUCUCCUUCGAGUUCUUCCCCCCCAAAACGGAGGAGGGUGUGGAGAAUUUGUUCGAGAGAAUGGACCGAAUGGUGGCCCAUAACCCCUCCUUUUGUGAUAUCACUUGGGGCGCUGGCGGAAGCACCGCCGACCUCACUCUUGAUAUCGCCAACAAGAUGCAGAACACGAUCUGUGUGGAGACUAUGAUGCAUUUAACUUGCACUAACAUGCCGGUGGAGAAGAUCGACUAUGCUUUGGGUACCAUCAAGUCUAAUGGGAUCCAGAACGUGCUGGCACUCAGAGGGGAUCCGCCUCAUGGACAGGAUAAGUUUGUGCAGGUUGAGGGAGGCUUUGCUUGUGCCCUUGAUUUGGUGAAGCAUAUUCGCCAAACAUAUGGAGAUUACUUUGGGAUAACUGUUGCUGGUUAUCCAGAGGCACAUCCUGACAUGAUACAGAGUGACGGAUUUGCUAGUCAGGAAGCGUAUGCCAACGAUCUCGCAUAUUUGAAGAGAAAGGUUGAUGCUGGUGCAGAUCUUAUUGUCACUCAGCUUUUCUAUGAUACUGAUAUUUUUCUCAAGUUUGUGAAUGAUUGUCGGCAAAUUGGAAUAACUUGUCCUAUUGUUCCGGGCAUAAUGCCAAUUAAUAAUUACAAAGGUUUCCUCCGCAUGACUGGGUUUUGCAAAACCAGGGUUCCUGCUGAUAUAAAAGCUGCUCUGGAACCAAUUAAGGACAAUGAGGACGCUGUCAAAGCAUAUGGAAUUCACCUUGGGACUGAAAUGUGCAAGAAAAUUUUAGCUCAUGGGAUAAAAACUUUGCAUCUUUACACAUUAAACAUGGAGAAGUCUGCACUGGCUAUCUUAAUGAAUCUUGGAUUAAUUGAAGAGUCCAAGAUUUCAAGGUCCUUGCCAUGGAGGCGCCCAACAAACGUUUUUCGUGCCAAAGAAGAUGUUCGACCUAUUUUCUGGGCUAAUCGUCCGAAGAGCUACAUUUCUAGAACUCAUGGUUGGGAGCAAUACCCGCAUGGGCGUUGGGGUGAUUCCAAAAACCCAUCAUAUGGAGCACUCACUGACUACCAGUUCAUGAGGCCACGUUCACGUGACAAGAAACUUCAAGAAGAAUGGGCCACCCCAUUGAAAUGUAUUGAAGAUAUUUAUGAGAAAUUCAUGAACUACUGUUUGGGAAAACUGAAAAGCAGCCCCUGGUCCGAAUUGGAUAGUCUUCAGCCAGAGACAAAGAUCAUAAAUGAGCAGCUAGGCCAGAUUAACUUGAAGGGUUUUAUUACCAUCAACAGCCAACCUGCUGUAAAUGGGGAGAAGUCUGACUCCCUAACUGUUGGAUGGGGUGGCCCGGGCGGCUAUGUCUACCAAAAGGCAUACCUUGAAUUUUUCUGUUCAAAGGACAAAUUAGAUCUUCUGGUCGAGAAGUGCAAGGCAUUACCCUCUGUUACAUAUAUUGCCGUGAACAAAGAAGGGCAAUGCGUAUCUAAUGUCGGCCCAAAUACAGUGAAUGCUGUAACAUGGGGUGUUUUCCCCGGCAAAGAGAUCAUCCAACCAACCAUUGUCGAUCUUGACAGUUUCAUUGUUUGGAAGGAUGAAGCUUUCGAGAUCUGGACAUGCGUAUGGGGCUGCUUGUUCCCCGAAGGCGAUUCCGCCAGGGGAUUAUUAGAGCAGGUUCAAAGAAGUUACUUCCUUGUGAGUCUUGUUGACAAUGAUUACAUCCACGGCGAUCUCUUUGCGGCAUUUAAAGACAUAUGAACUGAAUUCCCUUCAUCUCUGAUCAAUGAAGAACAGUUCAUUACCUCUUUCGAAUUGCUUCUUUUCUCCUUUUUCAGUUCUUGUUAUCAUAAGGUUGAUAGUUCAAUUAAGAAGUUUGCCUGGUUUAUGCAUGCUAUGCAUUCCUUACUGUUGUUAUAAUGCAUAUCAACAGUUCUAAAAAUGUAUGAAAUCAUGUAUUGAGUUGCCUGCUCGGAGUUUUUUAUUAUUAUUAUUUUUGUGUCCUUUAAAUAAAAUGUAGAUGGAUUUUGGCUUUUUCA